CCGAAGCCAGUGGAAGUUGGUGGAGGGAUAUCUUUCUCCCGUUCCAGCAGCUCAGCUACACUCCCCUCCCUGUCCACUCGCGCCUCCUUCUCCCGCUCCGCUCGCGUCGCCCCGCGCGCGGCGGGUAAAUGGCCACGGCGGCGCUCCGCUUCCCGCCGUUCCUCUCCUCGCGCGCCGCACCUAAAACCACCGCCGCCGCCUGCACCCGGAGGACGGCGUCAGCCACCCUCAGGGUCGCCGCGCUGCCCGAAUCCGCCCCCGUCUCUGCCCCCGCCUCCACCUCCGAAGAACGGCCGGAGUUCUCGCCGCCGGCAGGGUUCGCGCCUCCGGUGCCCAAGCGCUUCGCGGUUAAGGAUGGCCAGCUCGCCAGCGUGGCCGGCGCGGCCCUCGCCCUGCCUUUCCGCCUCGGCACCGGCCUCUUCGUCCUAGGAUACUCGGUAUCACUAGUCUCCGCCGACAAAAUACCCUCAGACCAAUACUCUCUGGAAUUUCUAGGUCUAAAGGUUAAGGAGACCUCAAAGAUAGAUCAGUGCCGUCGACCAGAAAAACCUAUUGAGAUAUACGAGUUUGAAGGAUGUCCAUUUUGUCGAAAGGUGAGAGAGAUGGUAUCCGUGUUGGACCUUGAUGUUUUAUUUUACCCCUGUCCUCAAAAGGGGCCAACAUUUCGUCCAAAGGUUUUAGAGAUGGGUGGGAAGAAACAGUUCCCUUACAUGGUGGAUCCAAACACAGGAGUUGCCAUGUAUGAAUCAGAUGCCAUUAUAAAAUACCUUGCGGACACAUACGGUGAUGGAACUGUCCCGAUUAUGCUAUCGCUUGGUCUAUUUACGACAAUAACAGCAGGGCUUGCUAUGAUUUGGCGUGUCUGGAAGGGAUCUUCCUACACUGUUUCAAAGCUUCCACCCCAGCCGAUAGAGAUCUGGGCAUACGAGGGAUCUCCUUUCUGUAAAAUAGCACGAGAGGCUCUUGUUGAAUUGGAGUUGCCACACUUGCUACACAGCUGUGCUCGUGGCAGCCCGAAGCGACAGGAAAUUUUCAAGAAACAUGGCCUUUUCCAGGCGCCUUAUAUCGAGGAUCCUAACACGGGGGUCAAGAUGUUCGAAAGCGCCGAGAUCGUGGAGUACCUAAGGGCAACAUACACACUCUAUCCUCAGUACCAAAAUCUCUGAAGUGUCGAUAUAUGAUGGCGACUUGGGGUUAUAUAGUAGAGAAGCAAGAACUGGGCCAAGUAUUCUCAAGUACCGUCAAUUGUCACCCUUUGAGAUUUUUUUAUAGUGGUGCGAAACCAUGUGGAGAUGAUUUUGUAGCAUGGGAAACAUGUUGGAUUUAUGAUGCAAAGGAAGACAUAUGUAAUGUGUGUAAUCAUACAUAGGCAAAUAAGGUAGUAGAAACUAGAAAUACUUUUUUGCAGAGAGAAACUAGAAAUACUUUUUAGUAGAGAAUAGAAAUACUUUGAAGAGCCGAGGUCCAUAAAUUACAGUGAAUACUUGUGUUAAUUGAAGUUGA